UUAUAUAUCAUAUCAAAUAGAAAAAAUAUUUUUUAGAUUUAUAAAAUUUAUAAAAUUUAUUUAUAUGUUCGCACCAAUUUAAUUAUAUAAGUAGUAGAUAAUGACUUUUAAAUUAUUCAAUAUAUAUUUAUUAUUUCAUAAUAUGUUAUAAACAUAUAAUAUAUAAAAUAAUUUAUAUAUAUAAUGUUCAUCCUGCGCAAGGCGCGGAUCUUACUUAACCUAGUAUGUAAUUAUUCUGGUAAUUGUAUACUUUUCUUAAACAGUUCCCGUGAGUUGUUGACAAAUGGCAGCUCACAUUCUAAAAUAUCUUUUGCCGGCUCUCUAGAGAUUUCCACUAACAUAAUGAAUAAUGUCGGUUGGCAGUUAAGAUAAUCUUGCCUCCAAUACUUUUUCAUGUGUCUUAGGAGUUUGUGAUAUAUACUUUAUGGUCGAUCUUUCGACAGGUAUAUGAGGCCACUUAUUGUAUGCUAGUCAUUUUCUACAUAUUCUUUCUCCCACAACAGAGAAGAAGGGAAGAUGCAUGAAUUAGACAUUCACAUACAAUUAAAUUCGUUUUUUUUUUCCUUUAAAUACUCUACAAAUAUUAAGCCAAUUAAGACAGCUAGCUAAUUCAAAUAAUGUUAUUCAUUUGUAUACUUUCCGUAAUUUAAAAUCUGUAUAUAAUUUGACAAAAAAAUGCGUAUAUAAUUUGAAAAACAAUUUGUAAACAAAAAUAUUAACAUAAAUUUAUUAUUAUUUGUAAGUAUGCAAGUCUAUAACUUUAGUUUCAGAAUCUUCAAAAUCAUUCCAAAACAACAAGAUUAAAUUAUUAAUAUUAAAUUACACUUAAUUUAGUUUUGAUUUUAUAAAUAUUGAGCUUUCAUAUAAAAAUCUCAAAAUAAUAGUAGAGUAUGUAUUAAAAUUUAGGAUUCCCCGGUGCUUUUAAAAUAUAAAAUUGAAUUUUUGUUCUCUGGUGGCAUUUUCAAAUUCUUGGAUUGGCUAGUGGCCAGAGAUCAGCUCCGACAUAGUACCUCUUUUCAUAUUUUUAAUGUGUUAAUAUCUAUAGCUUUAUGAUAUUUUCAUUGCAUGUGAACUCUUUUCUAAUUAAAAUAACUAUUUUUAAUAUAAUUAAUAUUACUCACAGGUUGGCGAAAAGGGUGCGCAUAUAAAAUUUUUUGUAUACGGAUCGAGUUUUUAAAUCGAAAAAUAAUUCGACCCGCGGUGGGGGGAGGAUCGAGGCGGGUUGACCCACGAACCCAGCACUACGUAGAACUAUAAAUUAAAGAAUCAAACUCAGAACCUCGACUAUGCAUCCUAAGGUCCUUACCAUUAGAGCUAUCUAAAGCUUUUGUUAUAAAUGACCCCCUAAAUAUAUAAAUUUUGUUUGACUCCAAAGCACAUGCUUUAUAUGAUUUAAUUCAGGCACGGCCUUGUUUAUAUGCCUCUAUUCAGGCACAGCCCUGGUCUUGCCAUUUUUAUAUUUGUUUUUGGGAACAUUUUGAUUGAUAGUAGAAAUUAUGCGUUAAGACACAAAAGAUGGAUUCAGGUACAGUUUAGUGAAACAUUGGUCUUGGAAUAAUAUUUACUUGGUUUUCGACAUGGAAUAAUGUAUGGACCUAAAACCUUAUAAAAAUACAAUUUAUCAUAUAUAUAUAUAUAUAUAAUAGUCUUUGUGUUAUGAAAUAACUUAAAUUCAAAGGUCAAGUCUUAAAAAACUAAUCUUUAAACCCGAACAUUAGAUCCUAAAUCUAGUGGUAAAACCCAACUAAAAAAAAGAAAAUAAUUCCCAAACUCUAGAUUCUAAGGAUCUUAUAAUCGCGACAUUGAUAAUAUAAACAAUAUGAAAUAAAAUUGUAGUGCGGUUUAACUUCAAUUCAUACAUUAUGCAGAAUAAGUGUGAUUUUAUUAAGUAAGCGGUAAAAAAUAAUGUUUGAUUGGUGAAAAAUAUUUUACAAUUUUGCUAAAAAAAUAUUUAAGACAACAUAAAAUAUUUUCAAAAUAUUUUUAAAAGAAUUAUUUUUUGAUUUUUGGUAUUGAAUCGAGUAAGCUACGAUUUUUAAUUAUUUUUUCGGCUGAAUUCAAAUACAUGUUUUAACACAACCCAUAAUCUUAUAGAAGAAAGAGUCAUGGUUCGACUGGGCGGUCCAAUCCAGGUUUCAAAAUACUAGUUAAAAUUAAAUAUAACUAAUAUCUUAGAUAUAAUUAAUAUAUAUAUAUAUAUAUACAUAUAUAUACAUAUAUGAUUUUGAAAAAUAAUAUAAUAACUUAAAUAAAUAAUAAUGAUGUUUAACAACUCAAACCAAACCAGCACACAAGAAUAUUUAUUGAAAUGUUUUUGUAAAUAUAUUGUAGCUAAUUUUGUAUAAUAUAAAUGAAAUCACACAUUUUAAACACUAUGAAACUCCAAUGUUUUUAAUAUAUAACAAUUUCGUAUCUUAUAUAUUUAUUAUUUUAAGAGUUUAUAAAUUGUUAUCCGAACAUGGUGUAUUUUCUCUAGGUUGAAAUAACUUUUUUAGUUUAGCAUAUUUUGAUAUUUUCUUAGUCGCCCAUUGAGUAUAUGCAUUACUCACACACACCCAUCCAAUUGAUAUAUACGUAUAAUGUGAUUACAAUAUAUAUAUAUAUAUAUAUGUAAUGUAAUAAUGUUUUUUUCUUUCGCAUGAUGCAACAGAAUCUCCGUUCCACUAGCAGGAGGAGAAGGAGGAGAACGUUAGUUCAUUUUGUUUUCUUUAUCCAAGGAAAAAAUAUAUUCGCAGUGUGUUGUGUGUAUGCUUGCUUUAAUGAUCACAAUUUUCAUUUGAUACAUUUUGCAGAAAUUCCUGCACGGAGAUUAAAACUCAUAAUCGGAGGCUUAGCAGCUUUAGCUUUGAUAAGCAUUAUUGUUGCAAUUGCAGUAAUAUUGAGUGCAAAGAGAAAGAGUCAUUCGAAGGACGAGGACAUUGAAGCGGCGGUAAUGUUGAAACGAUAUAGUUAUGACACAGUGACGAAGAUGACAAAGUCAUUUACUCAUGCUCUAGGAGAAGGGGGAUUUGAAACUGUGUUUAAAGGAAAAUUACCUGAUGCUACGGGGAGAGAUAUUGCACUCAAGAUCUUGAAUGAGUCAAAGGGCAAUGGAGAAGAUUUCAUCAAAGAAUUAGCCAGCAUGAGUAGAGCAUCUCAUGUUAAUAUUGUUUCUCUCUUUGGAUUCUGCUAUGAAGGGAGCAAGAGAGCUAUUAUUUAUGACUUCAUGCCGAAUGGAUCCCUUGACAAGUUUAUUUCUGCGAAUAUGUCCACAAAGAUGAACUGGAACACUUUAUACAACAUUGCGGUAGGUGUUGCUCGUGGGUUAGAGUACUUGCACAAUAGUUGUGUACCGAAGAUUGUGCAUUUCGAUAUAAACAUAGGGAGCAUAAAUCUUUUGAAUGUGAUUCAACCUCCAGAGUGUUAUUCUAUUAUGAACAAGUAAAGAAGAUUUUAUAUAUAUAUAACUAAAUAAAUAUGAGUGUGUUACAAGAAAGAAUCUCUAUGAGGAGGCACGUGAAAAAAA